AUGCGGAGGGUCAGGAAGGCAGCCCCGUUCUUCGGGCUUUACGACCAUAUGCCCAUUCUACUCGCUGCACUUUUGGGCUUCCAGCACGCUCUUGCAAUGUUAGCCGGAGUUAUAAGCCCCCCGAUCAUCAUCGGUGGUUCUGGAAAGACCGCUGCAAAUUUAAGUCCGGAUGUGCAGCGUUACCUUGUAUCGACUUCCUUGAUAGUUUGUGGAAUCUUGUCUUCUAUCCAAAUUACGCGAUUUCAUAUUUUUAAAACUCCAUACUAUCUCGGGACCGGCCUAAUCUCGGUCGUCGGAACCUCGUUCGCUGUCAUACCGGUUGCGCAAGGAGCGCUCUCACAAAUGUAUGAUAAUGGUUACGGUGCCAUUCUCGGAACUGCUAUGAUCUGUGCUUUGUUGGAAAUUCUGCUCAGUUUUAUGCCACCGAAGAUACUUCAAAGAAUAUUCCCUCCAAUAGUUACGGGCCCGACUGUCAUGCUCAUCGGUACCAGUCUAAUUGGAUCGGGAUUCAAAAAUUGGGCAGGUGGAAACGGCCCCUGUUCUUCGAGCCCCCCUCCGACCCCGUUCUUUGCGCUUUGUCCUAAUAUAAACGCCCCGCAUCCUCUACCGUGGGGGUCAGCGGAGUUUAUCGGGCUGGGAUUUCUCGUGUUCGUGACAAUAAUCUUGUGCGAACGAUUUGGAUCACCUAUAAUGAAGAGCUGUGCCGUUAUCAUUGGUCUCUUUGUUGGCUGUAUUGUUGCAGCGGCUUGCGGUUAUUUCGACGAUACAGGGAUCAAAGCUGCACCGGCAGUGAGUUUUAUCUGGGUCCACACGUUUCCUUUAUCCGUUUAUGGACCAAUAGUGCUGCCAUUAUUGGCCGUAUAUCUUGUCUUGAUGAUGGAGGCUAUUGGGGAUAUUACUGCGACAUGUGAUGUCUCGCGACUCGAUGUGGAGGGAAAGCUGUAUGAGACACGAAUCCAAGGUGGAGUCCUGGCCGACGGAUUCAACGGUCUACUGGCUUGUCUUUCUACGAUUACGCCCAUGUCGACUUUCGCGCAGAACAACGGGGUUAUUGCUUUGACAAGAUGUGCGAAUAGAAAGGCUGGAUAUUUUUGUUGUUUUUGGUUGAUUGUAGCCGGAAUAUUCUCGAAGUUCGCUGCUGCGUUGGUUGCUAUUCCAGGAGCUGUAUUGGGAGGGAUGACGACAUUCUUGUUUUCAGCUGUUGCGGUUUCCGGAAUGAGGAUUACAUCCACGAUGCCAUUUACCCGGAGAAACCGAUUCAUUGUCACGUGCGGGCUGGCACUCGGGUUCGGAGCGGAGAUGGUUCAUGACUGGUUUGACCACGUUUUCACAUAUUCGGGCGACAAUGCGGGAAAGAGGGGCUUUUUUGACGCAAUCACUUUGGUUUGUUCGACAGGGUUUGCUCUAUGCGCAUUUGUGACGCUUAUCUUGAACUUAAUUCUACCAGAAGAAGAGGAGGACUUGGAGGAUGUUAAGGAAACACCCUCUGUGGCGCCACAGAGAGUAUCGGGUUCCGAACGAGGAUCCGGAGAGGUGAAGAAGGCAGAUGAAUAA